UAAAUCAUAAAAAAUUAAGGAAAAGAAAGUAAAAAGAGAUAAAUAAACAUAGUUGAACCUUUUCUGAAUUCGUUAUACGGCACCCUGGUGAAGCCGGUCACAAGUUUUGGCGGGUUUUUGUGUUCUAGCCAGUUUCCUGUUUCGCUAUACUCUGCAAUAAACGUACCGGUCCCUUGUACGAUUUCAUUUUAUUUAAAUUUUGAUAACCAUGCAGGCGUUUCUGAAAACAGGAAAGUUGGGAGCAACUGACAAGAAAGCUUCUAGUUCAACCUCAUCAGAUAGGCAUAAAGGUCCUUCGCCACCAUGGGUUGAAAAAUACAGACCCAAGACUGUGGAGGAGGUCGUGGAACAAGGUGAGGUAGUCAAGGUCCUGCAGCAAUGUUUACUGGGAGGAGAUUUUCCAAAUCUUUUAUUCUACGGACCACCUGGAACAGGAAAAACUAGCACAAUAUUAGCAGCUGCAAGACAGUUGUUUGGAGACAUGUACAAAGAAAGAAUACUUGAGUUAAAUGCCUCUGACGAACGUGGCAUUCAAGUCAUCAGAGAAAAGGUGAAAACAUUUGCGCAGCUAACUGCCAGUGCCACUAGACCUGAUGGUAAGCCAUGCCCCCCAUAUAAGAUCAUAAUUCUGGAUGAAGCAGACAGUAUGACAAAUGCGGCUCAAGCUGCAUUGAGACGAACCAUGGAACGUGAAUCUCGCAGCACUCGAUUCUGCCUGAUCUGCAAUUAUGUCUCUAGAAUUAUAGAACCAUUGACCUCGAGAUGUACUAAAUUCAGAUUUAAACCAUUGGGUGAAGAAAAAAUCAUCGAGCGGCUGGAACUUAUUUGUAAAGAGGAGGAUUUGAAGGCUGAUACAAGUGCUUUAACCAAAGUUGUCGAGGCAUCAGGAGGUGAUAUGAGACGAGCUAUUACAUGUCUACAAUCAGUCACAAGGCUGAAGGGCAAAGGCAUUGAGAUCACAGAGGACGAUGUCUUGGAAGUGACAGGGGUGAUCCCCGAUAAAUGGUUGGAUGAGAUGCUUGACAAGUGUAAAUCUAAAGAUUAUUCUCAAGUGGAAACUUUUAUCGAUAAUUAUAUGAUGGAGGCCUACGCAGUUUCACAGGUUAUUGAGCAAUUAAAUGUAAGAAUAGUUUAUUCCUCCGAACUCUCUGACAAACAAAAGACAUUGAUUGGAGAAAAACUCGCGGAUUGCAGUUAUCGAUUAUUGGAAGGUGGUAGCGAAUACAUGCAACUGCUCGAUCUUUGUUGUGGCAUAAUGAAGGCGUACGAACUUGAUUGAAAUACAAUAUUAUUUACGAAAUAAGUUUUGUACACAAAAAUUUUUCUAAUAAAAACAAGAUAAUAAUAAAACAAAAAA